UAUCGUGCCAUCUCGCCAAGCUGCUGCUGUGUAAUCGCAGGUAACUUUCUUACGAUAGCCUUCCGCUGGACGACCUAGUGCUCGUAGCGCUCUCGCAUUUUGAGGAAUUGCAGAUACAGAACACAAAACCGAGCGUCGGCAUUAGACAUUACCGUCGUUUUGGCCACCGGAAGACGCCAAAGCUGUAUUUUUUCCUCCGUGAAAAUACCCCGUCUCUCAAAGGCGUUUGAAAUCGGACACCGCUGGCAUUGAGGCCCUCACUUUUUUUGUGCGGAGGGAUACGUUGUUGCGUCUGACAAUGUGGACGGAGGUGGUGAAGAUGUCUACGAGAAGAAUGAAAUCAUCUCAGUUGUAACAACAGGGGGAAAAAAAGGAAGACGCGAGAUUAGUUACUAUAAUAGAUUUGUUUGCACUCAAGACUUGUAACGUUGAAGCAAACACGUGGGCGCAGCGUGAAAAGCAGGUUUUUACCGGGACAAAAGGAAGACAUCUACGCUGCUCCAAUGCGUUUCAUGCACUGAGGUCGAAAUUCUCUUGAAGUUUUAUGUUUUUCCCCUCGCGAGUCUCCGCUUUUCUUUUUACUGUUGGAUAUCAGACACUUGGAGAGGAGAGGUUAGUGUAUUACAAAAGAGGCUGUAAAAGCACACCACCUGUUGGUGUCCGAGUGCCUCUCUUCCUCCACUCGCUCCCCUUACCACUAUAGUUCCCCCGUAAGGCUUGCAGAUCCGCCGCUCGGCAUCAGAGAGCGGCCUCGGGCUCGCGUUGGAAUGCGAAACACAGGGGUUUAUUAGAGACUGAAGGGUAUGAACGAACAGCAGCAAAGAAUGGCUGCAGUGGGAACUGACAAGGAACUCAACGACCUCCUGGAUUUCAGUGCGAUGUUCGCGUCUCCAGUAGCCAAUGGGAAGAACAGGACAAUGACACUCGCCAGCAGUCAGUUUGGGGGAUCAGCAAUAGACGAGCGCAGCGGCUCUGGGUCUUGGGGCUCAGCAGAACAGAACAGCCCCUCUUUCAGCCAAGGACGGGGCUAUGGUGAAGGACCCCACUACGAGCAUGAAGGCUUGUCCUCUCCGUUCAUCAGUGCAGGGGUUGCAGGCAAAAAUGAGAGGCCGCCAUACCCUCCCUUUGUAAGCCAGCCUGGUUUUCUUCCUGGCGACAUAGCGAUGCCCAGCCCAGAUGCCAUGUCCCCCUCUGGCCUGAAAUCUGGCUCCCAGUUUUAUCCGUCAUACCCCAACAACCCAAGGAGAAGGCCGCCUGAUGGAGGUAUAGAAACCCAGCCAAAGAAGAUUCGGAAACCCCCUGGCCUGCCGUCCUCGGUGUAUGCUUCCACAUCUGGUGAUGAGUAUGCAAGAGACAACGGAGGAUACCCUGGUGCUAAGCCUGGAGCUGUCUACCCUUUCUAUAUGCAAGGUAACCUUUCACAUAAUAUCCCUGGAAUGAAUUUGUUCUGUUGGCCUGCUUUUUUUUUUUUUAAAGGUGUUUUCAUAUUUUCAAAUAUGUCUGUGCUUCUCUCAGAAGACCCCUGGUCGUCCUCUGGCUACUCUGCCAUGCUGGGUAACUCUCCUCACAUUGGACAGCCGGGCUCCUUCUCUGCAAUUAACCCACAGGACAGGAUGAACUAUCCUCUGCACGGCAGCGAAGUCAACGGCUUCCACUCAGCCCCCACCACCUACAACCACACUCCCGCCAUCAACGGAGAAGGCAUCAUGGCAAACCGAGGCACCACAGCUGGCAGUUCAGGAGAUGAAAUUGGGAAGGCUCUUGCCUCAAUUUACCCGUCGGACCACAACAGUAAUAACUUCUCCUCCGCUCCGUCUACUCCUGGAUCUCCUCAGGCUAUUGCAGGAGCUCAGUCUCAGUGGCAAAGACCAACCACACCCAACUAUGAAGGGCAAGCACACGCACUGAGUAAAAUGGAGGACCGUUUGGAGGAGGCCAUCCAUGUACUGCGUAGCCAUGCUGUGGGUCAGGGUCUAGAGGGCGCCCCCGACAUGCACAGCCUGCUGUCCGCUGUACACAACGGGGGCCUCGGAGGCCUCGGAGCCCUCUCUCCAGCUUUCCCAAAUGCAAGCCUUGCCCUCAGCAACAGACAUCCUGCUCUGCAGGGAGGGAAACACGAGGAGCCCACAGGCCUUCCUCCCAGCAGCACUCUUCUGCACGGUCAUCACGCAUCCGGACCCACACCACCAGUCGGCCAACCGGAAGGCUUCACCGGUCUCCCUGGUGGUUUGGCCCGCUCCACGCACUCCUCCAGCGGCUCAGACAUCAAAAGGGAAGAUAAAGAGGAUGAUGACGACAACUCAUCUGUUGGAGACAAAUCUGAUGACGAGAAGACGGACUCCAAGGCAGCACGCCUUCGACGAAAGGAGGCGUUGACCCUCCAGAUGCUCGCUAGCCUUUCAGACCAGAAAGACGAUAGUCUAGAUGAUGAGGAAGAUGACGAGGACCUUCCCCCUGAGGUGAAGUUGGAACGCGAGAAGGAACGGCGAGUGGCUAACAAUGCCCGCGAGCGUCUCAGAGUACGGGACAUCAACGAGGCAUUUAAGGAGCUUGGGAAGAUGUGCCAGCUGCACCUAAGCCACGACAAACCUCAGACCAAACUUCUCAUCCUGCACCAAGCUGUCAAUGUCAUCCUUAAUUUAGAGCAGCAAGUCAGAGAGCGUAACCUUAACCCCAAGGCAGCAUGUUUAAAACGCCGUGAGGAGGAGAAGGUGUCUGGGGUGGUGGGUGAAGCAGCCAUGCAGCUCUCAGGAGGCCAUCCUAGUAUGGGAGGAGAUGGCCACAACCCAAUUGGCCACAUGUAACACCAGAUCUGGUGGUGUUUCCUCGGCUGUCAGAGGAUGUGGCCUUAACAGAUUUCUUCCACCCAUUAUUCUCCAGUGUGUGUGUGUAUAUAUGUGGACAUGUCUGUGUAUUGUCCGUUCAAGUUUCAAGAUGCACAUUCACACACUCGUACACACAUGCAUACUGCCAAAACUGACACAGCCUGUUUGUCGCACUCCCAACCAUGACUACAAGCUCAAAUGUGAAGAACUUUUUUUAGUUUUGCUUUGUUUUAUACAUGUAAAAAAAAAAAAAAAAAUCUUCUUCUUGGGUUUCCACAAGACGAUGGAACACCGGAGUACUUUUUUGUCCUGCCACAAAUUGGGACUUCACACACUGCCGAGAGGUGCUCUUGUGAAAGAGAGGAGACCUAAACAAACACAAAUUGAAUCAAGGAUUUGUGCCUAAUUGUUACAUGUUUUCUAUUUGACAUUUAAGCAAAUUGCUUUACAUGUGAGGAACAUUUAUUGUGAGGGAUUGCUUAUGUGUAUGAGCAGUUACUUUUAAUGUAUGUCAUUCCCAGCGUGAUGGUACAGUCUUACAUAUGUUAUGUAACCAAGCCCAUAGUUGAAGUUGAAUUGUCUAAAUUCGGUGACUUUUCCUCGCUCUUAUCAGUAAAUGUUUAGGGAAGGCAGAAAGGUCAAAGGUCUCGACAGUUCAAAAGCAGCUCAUGAAAGACGUGAACUCUGACCUAGAGGCAGUCUCUGACUCGAGCCCGGUCUCGUCCCACAAGGCGGCUGGAGACUUGGAAUAGAAGACUCCUUCCUUGAAAGUUAUGAAUUAUCCAAGUGGUAGAGUCUGUCAACUACAAACCCGUUCUUCCUAUUUGUUGACUACAAAUUCUAGUGUUACUCCAGUAAUCCCUUGUCACAUGUUCAGGUUUUUGUACUGCUUUACGUACUAAAGCAUACUUGGACGAGGUAAAGCACAGUUGUACAGGUUUAGACGGAAGGUUAGGUGUCGACCUGUUGUGCAUUUCAGUCCCCGGAAGUCGUGUAUUAAAGCCAUUUGAGAUGCUUGCUAAGUGAUCAGCACCACUUAGUGCUCUUACUUACCUAAAAUGGUUUACUGACAAUGCCAGCAGACUUAACAGCUCAAUUCUCUUUCCCCUUAAACGACGUUCUGUAAAAGACGACAAAAAAAUCUGGGUCCCUUUUUGAAGAAGGGAUCUCAUCAGUCCGCAUUUGUUUGAAGCAGACAAGCCUUCGUUUAACGGAGGCUUUCUUUUCCUAAAUGAGCAUUCCCACUGAUUUACAGCCCCUCACCUUCCUCCUGAGUACGCUUGUCCUCACGUUUCUUACCGAGAGAAGUGUGACGUGUAAAUUCACUUCAUACAUUGCUCUGAUAUGUUUCAUUUUUCAAAAUUAAAUAUAUAUAAAAAUAUAUAUUUUUUGUUAGUCUAUACAUUGUAGAUUUUUUACAUAAAUGGCAAUAUUAGUUUGAAGUUUAGAGUGUAUUGUAGAUGAGCUGAAAAAGGGGAUAUUUGACAUUUAAAUGAAAUUGUUCAAAAAAAAAAAAAAACAAUUCUAAAUUGAACCGGGAUGGCAGAGGAAAAGGGUCAACGGAUGAUAAAUGAAAAAGCGUUUGGUGUAACCUUUAUUCCAGUAUUAGUUGUAAAGCGCAUCAUCAGCUACCCAGAUGAAUUUUUUUCUUUUGGGGGUUUGUGGGCAGAGUUUGUGCCACGGUCCUGUUGAAGUUUUCUUAAGCAGUGAGGCACUGAGGAAAAAUGUGGGAAGAUUUUUGUCUCUAACAGUAAUUAUGCAACUGGUUUUUGAAUGUAGCUACCAUACAAAUGUGGAUCACCUUCAUUUUCAAAGUCUUGGGCUUUGUCAGUACCGUAUACAAGUUUUCAUUUCACCUUUUUUUUUUUUCUCUCUAAUGUUUGCCCUCAACCAAGUGGCUCUCAGUGUGCAGCUCGCUUUAUAGCAGCCUGCACAUUUAUUUGUGGAGGCAGACGUCCGUAUUUGGGUGUAAGGUAAUGGAUAAUAUGGAGAACAAAACAGUGUUAUUGUGACGUUAUUCCCAUGUCAUGUCAUGUCAUGUUGUGAAUGGUUUUUACCAACAUGUAAUCACAAAUGGGAGGUAGAGCAUUUUUGUGUGUUUAAUUUCUACAAAAAGAGAUGAAGAAAAAGACCUAUACAAAUCAAUAGUGUGGCCUUUUCAUUCUCAAGACUUAAGAUGACAUGAUGGGAGAGUGAUACCUUAUCAGUGCCUGAACUUGUAUUUUCAUUUAAGACAGUUUUAUUUUGUGAACCAUAUCAUUUCAUUUAUCAUGGAGAUUAAAGAGGUACUUGUUCAUUCCCCCACCCUCCCUUCUCCUAAUGCUUUUUUCAAUUUUCAGGAAGAAGUUUAAAUGGUAUAAAGAGAUUUUUCUUUCAGUGUAUCUAGUUAAAUAAAUAAAUGUUACGUAGAUCUUGUUUAGUUUUUAUUCCCCCUUUUUUCUAAUUAUUCAACUGGAUUAUAUUGUCCAAACUGCUGUUUGAGUUAAGGUCAUGGGUCCAGGUCAUGAGUUUUCUUUCUAUCUGCCCUAUAUUGCUCCAUCGCUUGACAUUACAGGGUUCAAGAGAUGCUGCUUUUGGCUCUGAUUGUCUGUUUUUGAUGCACAUUAACAUGUUUCAGUGUGUGUGUUGCUUCAAUUUCAAUGUAGGGAGUGAGAUUUAUUUUCCGUCGUAGCUGGAACCUCUAAUGACUUGGAGCAUUUUCAAUUUCUGUAUAUCAGAGUGCAAGCCCUUUGCUGCAGUGACUUUCAGUAUAUUUAGUCUCCAGUGACUAUUUUCACCUCUUCCAGCUCUUUGAUGCCGUUGACAGUGACUUUUUUUGAGAAGUUCUAAUCACUUCUUUCAAAAAGUUGUAUUUGAAGUUUUUUCUUUUUAUUAUUUCAAGAUCAAUUAUUGUACUGAAUAUUGCCGAUUUGUUUCAAUGGGGAAAUCUGACUUGAUGUCAUUUAGUAUUCUGUGAGCAUCCCAUUAGCCUACAAGCAACAUACUCAAAUUCUUUGUUUGGGGGAACCUUAUUUCUUAAAACAAGUCUUGACAUAGACACAGUUUGAAAUCUGCAGAAAAGCAAGCCGACCACUGCAGGAGCACAUGACGUCAACAGAAAAUUACAAAAAAUGUUAAGUUGACGGGCUUGAACUUGUUUUGGUAUAAGAAAGCAGUAAUAAAACACUUGCUUUCAACAGUUUUGUCAUAUCUUUGUUGAACUAAAAAGGGGGAGACUUGAGUGUUAAUACAUUCACAGGUACAGAGCCUGACAUCUUGGGAGUGAGGACACUGUUGACUCCUGCAGGGUCCUCAGUGUCUCACUCAAUAUCUCUCUCUCUCUUUUUUUAUAUAUAUAAAUAUAUAUAGUUGAGAACUGUCCUGUAUAUAACAGUAAUGUAGCAAUAAAUGUGCCAUUUUUAAUAACAGAUUAUACCUUUUCCAAUGUCUGGCUUUUGAAUAUUGUAUACAUAAAAAGGAAAAUAAAGGAAAACAUUGUAAUAAAGGG